UGCUACAGGAUUGUUGAUGCUUUAUGAUGGGACCGUGUGUGUGUGUGUGUGUGUGUGUGUGAGAGAGAGAGAGAGAGACAGAGAGAGAGAGAGCAUCAGUGUAUGAGUGUCUGCGCGCGUGGUUUCCCGUGUAUUGACUAUUUGUCGCGUGCGCGCGCACCGGAUCUCCCCCCAACCCCUUCCUAAAAAACUCCACCUACCACUCGUGCACGGGAUUCUCCUUCCACCGAAUGAACGUCACGUCACGCCACGCCACGCCACGCAGGAGGCAGCGCGAGCGCAGGACGGCGCCUUCACGCUCCGCUUCUCCUGCGCUGCUCUUUUUUUUUUUUUUUUUUUUUUUCUUCUCCGGCUCUUAUUAAAGAGUCAUGAAUAACGAUUAUUCCGGGGGCAGGAGCUCAGCGACGGCAUGCACACACACACACACACACACACACACGCACACACACAGACACACACAUAGUCACUCACACACACACACACACACUCCCGAGCUCGAAAACACCGGAUGAGGAAGAAGGAUAAGUAAGGCUCGUGGAGCUCGAGGCGCGGUACCGAGCAGGAGAGUCGGACAGCGCGCGCUGAAAAGAGAAACGGAGCUCCUCUCGCGCGCGCGCGCACUUUUCUAUCAGCGUAUCCGAUCUUCCCCGAAGUCGGGUCGGUGUGUGUGUGUGUGUGUGUGUGUGUGGUGUGUGUAUGUAUGAGUGUGUGUAUGUGUGUGUGUGGGAAAAGAUUCUAAACUCCAGAUGUUAGUGCACACUUACUCAGCCACGGACCGCCAUGACGGCGUACCGGGCCACAGCUCGAGACUCUCCCAGCUCGGCUCGGUGUCUCAGGCUCCGUACUCCAGCGCGCCGCCGCUCUCGCACGCGCCCUCCUCGGACUUCCAGCCGCCGUACUUCCCGCCGCCGUACCAGCCGCUGCCGUACCCGCAGAGCCAGGACCCGUACUCGCACGUGAACGACCCGUACGCGCUGAACGCCCUGCACCAGCCGCACCAGCAGCACCCGUGGGGCUCGCGCCAGCGGCAGGACGUCGGCGGUGAGAGCGCGUCCCUUCUGCCGCAGCCGAGAGCGUCUCUUCCGCCGCAGCUCUCCGGGCUCGACCCGCGCACCCGGGAUUACUCCUCCUCCGUGCGCCGACCGGAUGUGCUGCUGCACUCGGCGCCGCACGGGCUCGAGGCCGGGAUGGGGGACAGUCUGUCUCUGCACGGGCUCGCGCACGGCAUGGACGACACGCACGCUGUAGAAGACGCCAAUAACAGUGGCAUGAACAUCCUGGAUCAAUCCGUUAUCAAAAAAGUCCCGAUGCCGCACAAGAGCGUGACGUCUCUGAUGAUGAGUAAAGACGGGCUGAUCGGCGGCGUCGCCGUCAACGUGAACGAGGUGUUCUGCUCGGUACCGGGCCGCCUGUCUCUGCUCAGCUCCACCUCCAAGUACAAGGUGACGGUGGGAGAAGUGCAGCGGAGACUCUCACCGCCCGAGUGCCUCAACGCCUCCCUGCUCGGCGGGGUGCUGCGCAGGGCGAAGUCGAAAAACGGCGGCCGAUCUCUGAGAGAGAAGCUGGAAAAAAUCGGGCUGAAUUUGCCAGCAGGAAGACGCAAAGCUGCCAACGUCACUUUGCUGACGUCACUGGUGGAAGGAGAAGCUGUUCAUUUAGCACGAGACUUUGGCUACAUCUGUGAAACAGAAUUCCCCACCAAGGCCGUGUCCGAGUACCUCAACCGACAGCACACGGACCCUAACGAGAUCCACGCACGAAAAAACAUGCUGCUCGCAACAAAGCAGUUGUGUAAGGAGUUCACAGACCUCUUGGCGCAGGACCGCACUCCGCUCGGGAACUCUCGUCCGACGCCCAUCCUGGAGCCGGGCAUCCAGAGCUGUCUGUCUCACUUCAGCUUCAUCACGCACGGCUUCGGCUCGCCGGCCAUCUGCGCCGCGCUCACUGCGCUGCAGAACUACCUGACCGAGGCGCUCAAGGGCCUCGACAAGAUGUUCAUCAACAACCAGACCUCCAACCGGCACACUCCGGCCGACGGCUCGAAAGGAGGAGAGAAAGACGAGAAACACAGGAAAUGAGGCACAAUGUUGGAAAAGGAGAAGAGGCUCUAGGAGCACCGCUUAUCAGAUGUGUCCAGAGAUUCUUUGUACUCAAGAUUUAUGAUGUUCUGUUUUACGUUCUUGUUGGGGGGAGGGGGGGGGGGGGGGGGGUGACACGUCAACGAAGAGGAAAAGAAAGAAAAGCAAAGUGGAAGAAAGCUGUAAGGAACUUGACACCGCUGAGGCAGUCGUGCAACGCUGUCAUUAUUCAUGUCAGCCUGGUGACAUUCUAAACACAUUUUAUCAUAAAGACAUUAACGGCGAACGACAGACACACACACACAGGGGCGGUAUCUCAUUGAGAAAACGGCCAUCGCUCCACUGUCCAGCCUUUAACCAGAGACACUCAAGAAAAGACAAGCUUUUGUUUUGAACACUGCUCGGUGAAGUUAACACCAGAAACCCGUCUCACUACCCAGGCUGUGUUAUAGCUCUUGAUUUUGCUCUAAGGCAUGAUUUGAGUGUUUAUUUUGACCAGUGAACUACUUCAGAGUGUUUAAAUGACCGUAAUUAAAUCUCCUUAGCUCUAAAUAUGGGAAACUGCACUGGGUUUUCAGGACCGGAGCUCAGAAAUCCUGAGCGUUAUAUCAGUGUUCAUUUGAACCACUGGAUAUUCGCUAUAUCUAUAAUCACAUGGCAUAAUUAAUGUGACUCUGGGUUGAGCUUAAAACUCUGAACACUCACUACUCUAACAUCAUCUCACAUAGGACUUCAUUCAUAAUCAAGCAACCUGCAGCGUCAGGCAUGGCUAGGGAUUUACACCGCAUUUUACGUACACUUCCAUCAGAAUUCACGUAAAAGCAGAAUCCUAUGCAAUGAAAGAAAAAAAAAUCAGCUGAGUAGUUGAGAGUUAAAGGUCGUGCUCCAGAAACAGUGGUGGCUUUCUGGGAUUUGAGCAUCACAACUUGAGCUACCCACUGCCUUUUCCAUUUUUUUUAAAGGUGCUCAUUAUGAAUUAAUGAAAUUUUGACCCACGGAAAAGAAACAAACACAAAAAAAACCCUCUAUAUAUCUAUAUAUACCCUGCAAGUACUGAAUCAGUGUUGGAUUGGACAAAAUGUAGGUGUGUAUUCAACACCGCUCUCAAGGCUGGGUAUAGGAAUACAUAUAAAUAUUUUCACUAUCACUAGCUUAAAUAUUCAGUAUUGACCAUGUUAACUUCUUUGCACAAAAGCUCAGAUUUUCCUCAAGUCUUAUGCUGCAUUCGACUAAAGGCCAAAGCUUUUAAUUUCUGACGCCUCCUCAACUGGACUGCUCAACUCCGAGUUCAGCAAGUGACGUCAAAUCAACAUGGCCGCUCACAGCCUCAGCAGUAAACACAGAGGCACCUCUUAGCGUUCAGUGGGUUUUGCUGUAUAUUCAAGUAUUCAACCGAGAUACAGGCAAAUUCGCUUGUUAAAUCUACAGCACUGACUAUACCGGUCGCUGUUUUGAGGAGCUAAAUAUAUACAUUAGCGAGCUAGGUUUUUGCUAAGGAAUGAAGAAAAUGGUUUUUUUCCUACUUUGUAGCUCAAAAGCGCAGAGGUCGAAAAUGACGUAGGUCAAAAAUUCCUAUUUCUGAGGUAAGCUGAAUGCAGCGUUAUUCCUUCCGUUGCUCAGACAACACACUAACGGACCAUCAGGUUCUACACACACUUUGUGGAGUCCAUGCUAGCUGUCACUAAACCAAUCAAAAGCAGGACUGAGAAAUUCAGAAAUUCAGAAAUUCCCGUAUAUGUUUCUAAGAUUUCAUUUUUCACUUAUUCUGAUGAUGAAAAUGAUCAGAAGCAGACUUUUGGACCUCGCUGUAUUUCUCCAGUCUCUUCAUGGACAUAUCAAAAUGAGAAACAGUUUCAAACUGUGAAGGCAGAAUAGUAGAGAGGUCUCUCUUAAAUCCCGUACACAGUGUCUCUUCGAUCCGAGACAGUUAGAUAACUUCUUUCUCAGCAUGCAUACGUGGACAGAUAGAAUUUUAAGAAGAAAGAAGAAGUUAUUCAUCAUUUAAAAUUAUUCUAACAAACACCCACACCUCCCACAGAGCUCCAGUGUUUGCUGUGCAGUUGCAUCACUAGUCCUGAUUUACAUCUUUACACAUUAUUCAUGCAGAAAUGAUGCCAGAGACUCUUUGGUUGCUGUUGUUUCCCAUUUUCAUCCAAGCUAAAGUCGUAUGAAUCAUGACAAGAAUCAUUCAUAUCCUUUCGUACGAGUUGUUUAGUACGAAUUGUGGAGUUUGUGAUCAACGAUGCUGAAAGAUUUUAUCCAGAGAUGUUAUUGAAAAUGUACAUUGACCCCCCCUUUCUCUCUCUCUCUCUCUCUCUCUCUCUUACUUUCUUUCUGCCUGAAACCUCACGAUAUUGUCGAACAGCGGCUCUGUCAGACCGGAAGUCUCUUCUAAUUUAUGUUUGUAUGUAUAUAUAUUUAAUUUAUGCCUAAUUUAUGGAGGAAUGGAGGUUUUGUACAUAGGAGCAGCUGGCUCGUCUGUCUGUGACUGUGUCCCUGUGCGUGGGUGAACGCUUGGUUUAUAGAUAGCAUCUCGUAUUUUAUAUUUUUAUUUCCUUUUUUUUCCCCCUUGUUUUUUUGUUCCAUAGGCAACUCGUUAUAUGGUGAAGGGUAGAAGUUGGUUCUUUGUCCAGUGAUUUUCAUUUAUAUACCGAAAUAAGGAAUAAAUCAUGUGUUUUAUUGUAA